CGGAACAGAAGCUCAGAGCAAUCGAGUGAUCCAGACUUGAGUCCGGAGUGUGAACGACGCUGCUGUGCCAGACAUGGCAGGCUUUGCGAACAAGUUGAGCUCUUACCCUAUCGUUCAGUUGAACGAACUUCUCGAAGACGACGAGAAGCUCAACAAAAUUAUCAGCGACAUGGAGGAGAUUAAAGGUGUACAACAGAACAAGGAGAUGACAUUGGCUACUAACCGUAUUCUGGCUGAACAGAACCUUGAACUCCAGCCCAGGCUAGACCACCAAAAAAAUGAGCUUACCAAACGCUACCGGUGCCUACAGGAGCAGUUUGAGGCAUAUCAGCUGCGCAAGUCCACUCUGGACCACAUGUCUGGAAACACUCCUUUGGACACAUUACUUGCACUCCUACAAGCGGAAGGGGCCAAAAUCGAGGAAGAAACUGAGAACAUGGCCGAUUCUUUCCUUGAUGGUGCUGCCCCCCUGGACACAUUCAUUGAUGAGUACCAGAGUAAGAGGAAGCUCGCGCACCUGCGCAGAGUGAAGAUCGAGAAGCUCCAGGAAAUGGUGCUGAAAGGACCCCAGAUGGCCCUGGCUGCACCUCAGCCUUCUCGUUCUCAGGACCUUCCCUGCACACCAGCUGUUCUCCAGGUCAAUGGUUCCCCCAUGCCGAUGCCCCGCCGGGCACCUCCUCUUCCCCCUUCUAAAGUUCCCCAAUCUCCCACUAUCCAGCAACCUGCAGCUGUCUCCUACCAACCCGUCUCCUACCAACCCGUCUCCCCGUUCCCCCCCACCUCUCCAUACCCCCCUAUCCCUCCCAGGGUCGGAAAUCCACCAUCAAGUCUUAAUCAGGGAUACCCCAGCAUAUACAUGCAGCAAUACCCCCCACCUUUGCCCCAGAGAACGCCACCACGCAUGGCACCCCAGCCAGGCUUCAUAAUGCAGUGAGGGGAGGGAUUACAGUCUGUGGAGAAGAAACAAUAUGUACACUGGACUUUCGUUCAAGCCGUUUGUAGGUCCUUCAAGCUGCAUGUUAUAUAAUAUUGUGCACCAGGAUGCCGAGAUGGAGUUUUGUCAUAUGUAAUAAAUUAACAUGACAAUUCUCCAAUCUUAAGGCCCAUCUACCACAGGACCUUCAGUUUGCACUUUAGACUUUUGUAUUUGAUCAGUCACGGCUGGUUGCAGAGUCAAUCUUUUCCUGCUCGGUCCUCUCUUCAGUAGAGGUAGAUCAAGUCAACUAAUUGCAUAGUCAAUUUAAGUUUUGCUGCAAAGGUUUUCUACAAAUAGUGAAGAUACUAAAAUUCCUGAACUAGAUCUGUUCAGUGAUGCAAGGCAUCUUGGUUAUUCGGUUAAAUAUGAAGACCUACAAUCCGAAUGCAAAUGAAAAAUUAUUCAAACUAAUAUGUCAGUUCAUCCACUUUAAUAUCGUCUGACAUUUCAUACCUGCAAAAGCUGCUUUAACAUUGACACAGGUGAUUCUUAUGCAAACAGACCGAGACUGAACUGUGCCACAUUUUUGGGGGGAGGAUGGGAUGCAAUUGGACAGAACGCAUUACAGUUAUUUUUAGUAAAUGAGUCAUGUGAGUGAACAUUUGUGAGGCAUAUCUUAUUAUCCUGCAUACUUAAACUGAUGCUCUAUGCAUAAUAUACCAUUUACUGUUUAUAUCCAACACAUUAUUCAUUCUUGGGCUUAUUUUUGCCGUCUGGUGUGAAGAGGACAAUUGAAGAAGGGCUUCCUUUCUAUAAACACUGUAUCUAAAUUGACAUUGACAAUAAUCUUUACAUAACAGCAAUAACAUUUUCAAACAUUUCCCAUGAAUCUGUUUUAUUUGGACUUUCUUGGAUCAUCAGGUAUGUCCAUCUUUUCUGUAUAUAUGUAUAUUAUGGUUGGCAUUGUCUGUGCACGUGUCUGAAAUAGCCACUUUGUGCCUACGUUGGGUAAGAUUAGGACUUGGUUGCUGUGGUGACCAGUGUGUUUUUUCCUUGCCUUCCCACGCAAUAACAAAUCACCCAAAUCUCCAGAAUUGCAUAAAGUCCUGUCUUUAAAAAAAAUAUGCUGUUUCUUCCAGGUACAUUUUACAAGUGUCCUUUUCCUCAGUGAUUGGUGUAUGUUGUAGAUAAUUCUGUUCUCGUAAUUACGUUCUCACACAUUCAGGUGGUUGACAUCAUAGAAACAGGAAGAGAAGAACUUGCUUUAAAUGUUGUCUUCUCUUUAAUCAUUGGUGCUGCAACAUUUAUCUGUCAUUAACAUUCAUUUAAUGACUUGAGCCAGAAGAUCUCUUGCAAUACAUCAAUAAACAGGCUCAGUUUGAAAAUAAUCAUGUCACGCUUGGCGAGCUUGGGUAUCUGUUUUGUUUAAAUGCACCAGAUCUAGUGGUAGAAACAUUUGAGUACUCCAUGGAUGAGGUUGUAUGUUGUAUAAUGUCUAAACAGUGACUUAAUACCUGUGAGCACUGUGUACUAAUGGGCUUACCAACCAUCUGGUAAAACAGCUUUUCCCCUUUUUUAGAGAUGUUUUUUUUGUGCUAGAAAUUAUUUUAAUGCCUAGAUUUGUAACUGGUUGCUUGGCUGAAUGCUGUUGGUGAUCUAAAUAGUGUUUUGCAUUCUUAUAAUGUAAAAUAUGCAGACCCUAAACUAGGCAUUGUUAAUUGAAAGUUAUAUAAAUAGUCAAUUGAACUGACAUUUAUAUUUUAAAUGUAAUAAAUUGUAUCCCAUCA